AAUUUCGACACCAAGCCUCUUCUCUCUCUCUCUCUCUCUCACUCUCAUACUCUCUUCUGUAGAGUAUCGCUAUCUGUCUUUCUCUUAGAAAUAGAAUAGCAAAAGAUGUACAAGCUCACAGUGCUUUCGGUGCUACUGUGCGCCACCUGGAAUAUAGCUCUGUCUCUCUCCGACGGUUUAUUACCAAAUGGUAACUUUGAGUACGGUCCAAAACCAUCAGAAAUGAAAGGCACACUAGUGAAAAGCCCCAAUGCGAUUCCCAACUGGACAAUCUCAGGGUACGUGGAGUACAUAAAAUCAGGACACAAACAGGGUGACAUGUUAUUAGUAGUCCCAGAAGGUGCAUUCGCAGUUAGGCUAGGCAAUGAGGCAUCAAUCAAACAGAGGGUUAAGGUUAUCAAGGGCAGGUUUUACUCUAUCACGUUUAGUGCUGCUCGUACCUGUGCACAAGAGGAGCGGCUCAACGUCUCCAUAUCCCGCAAAACCAAACCAACCAGUGACUGGGACAUCCUGCCCAUCCAAACCAUGUAUAGCAGCAACGGUUGGGAUUCAUACGCACGUGGUUUUGUAGCAGAUGAUUGGGAUGUUGAAAUUCUCAUCCAUAACCCGGGUGUGGAGGAGGAUCCGGCCUGUGGCCCACUUAUUGAUUCGGUUGCCUUGAAGCUUUUGUUCCCUCCUAAGCGCACUGGAGGUAACUUGUUGAAAAAUGGUAACUUUGAAGAAGGCCCAUAUGUGUUGCCCAACACUUCGUGGGGUGUUCUGAUCCCACCCCACAUUCAGGAUGUUCACAGUCCAUUACCAGGAUGGAUAGUGGAAUCCCUCAAGGCUGUCAAGUAUUUAGAUUCCGAUCACUUCACUGUCCCGGAGGGAAAACGUGGUAUUGAACUUAUCGCAGGGAAAGAGAGUGCUAUAGCACAGGUGGUUUACACGAAGCCUGGCUUGGUGUACGACCUGUCGUUCCUUGUAGGAGAUGCUAAUAAUUACUGUGAGGGUUCUUUGGUUGUAGAGGCAUUUGCUGGUAGGCAGAGUGUUAAAGUUCCUUACGAAUCCAAAGGCAAAGGAGGUUCCAAGCCUGCCUCGCUUCGGUUCAGGGCCGUUUCUAGGCGCACCAGGGUGAUGUUCUAUAGCUCGUUUUACACCAUGACAAAUGAUCAUUCUGGAUCACUUUGUGGACCUGUCAUUGAUGAUGUUAAGUUGCUCAUCUCUCGCAAGAAGCCAGGACAUGCUUAAUCGCCAUCUUCUUAUAUCGUAUAUCCAUCUUCUUAAUGUAUGUGCGACGAAAUCAAAUCAAUGUGGAUGGUUGGUCCAUUAAACUUACUAUUAUACUUUUAUAGAUUUCUUGCAGUAGGAGCCACAUAUGGUUAAUUAA